GUGGUAACACUGAGGAAUCGCGUAUAUUAUGAUCAAUAAGGUAUGGGAAUUGCUGCAGUAGGAUAUUCUAGGAGGUUUACGGUAGCCGGGGUGUCUCCUAGGAGUUCCACACAAUAAAGGACAAGAGUUCCACAAACAGCAGCUUUGUGAUGUGGCUCCUUCAUCUGCCGCAGCUCCUUUCCUAGCGUUAGGGUUGGAAUGGCAGGGAAGGGAAGCUGGCGACUGCACAGGGGCUUGCGUGCUCUGCUUUCCCCGUUUUCCAGCUCACUGUCUCAUUCGCUGAAUUGGAACUGAGCUCGAGAAAGCUCCCACAAAGGACAUGGAAAGGCAGGAAUACAGUCUGCACUAUGCUCCUGAUCUGCGGUGUGAGAAGAAAACAGAUUUAGUUCCUGUUUGCCAGACUUGUGAAACAUGCGUCUUGGGUUGGAAGGUCUUUUCCACUAAGGAAUGGUUCCUGCGAGCCAGCAACAUCUCCCAAAAGAAGUUCCUGACGGGGAUUGUGAAGCGAUUGAACAGCCUGGAUUUACUAAGCUAUACUGAGAAAGUCCUUCAGGCCACCCAUGGGAAGGAUGCUGUUUAUGCCCGGUCUCAGAUCACCAGCAACGUUAAAGAGAGCCUGAUGACAUCCAGUUCUGACCGGGCCUUGGAUACAGAAAUGCUAGAGCGAGUGAUGCUGGACACGUGGUGGUGGUUCACAAACAGUACCUACUGGACUAAAGCAAACUACACUCUGUUCUUGCUUCAGAUGUGUGAUCCUAAGUUACUGCUCAUAGCUGCUAACCUGGUCCAAGCCCUCCUCAACGAAGAAGAGAGUUUCAGCUCAACAAGGGAAGCAGAUGAAGAAAAAGUCUCUGUGUCAGUGCUUGAGUCCAAAAGCAGCUUCAAGCUAGAAGAACACGCUACAUCCAUCUCUCAGAUUCAUUUGCAACCCCCAUCUCAAGUCUUCAGCACUGCUUCCACAGUCCCUGAAAGUGGAGUCUCAUCUGCAAAGAUCAGCCAGUAUAGUGAAAUAGGCAAAUCACUCUGCUUCUGGCCCAGAGGCAUGGCACACUUCUUCACAGCAAAAAAUGAAACACAGGAGGAUGAACUGUCUACUGCUUCUUCAAUCAACCCAGCACUCACCUUUAUCCCUGCAUCUUUACAGUCAGCUUCUGGUGUCAACAAGUAUAAAGACUUCAUCCGCUGCCUGCCAAUCCACCUGUCAAAGUACAUCCUGGGGUUUCUGGAUCCAAAGUCCCUGAGCAGGUGCACUGAUGUGACUCCGUACUGGGCUUUUGUGGCCAAAGAGGUCAAGAGGGAACACCUGUCACAACGAGUGGUCCAGGAAGAACUUGUGUACUUGCAGGGGUCAUGCCCUAAGGGAGUAAUUCCCAAUUAUGCGAAAACUGUCGAUGUUACAAUUCCAAGGAUAACCGAAGAUGGGGAUAUCAUCCCAGUGAAAAGCCGAAAAUGGAAAUGGAAAUAUAAGGAGGAAGAGAACAGUCUGCAGGCUGCUUAUCAUGGCCAGCAAACUGAAGUCAUCCGGAUGGAAGAGAGAAACAUCUUGUGCAGCUCCUACAAUGUUCGUGUCCUCAUAGACCAGCCAGAUCCAAAUAGGGUAAUCCACUACAGCGGUGGGAACUUGUUGGCCAUUGGUUCUGCAGACCGGAAAGUGAAGUUCCUUGAUAUAGUGCAAAUGAAGGAAGUGCCACCCGUGAUCUCUGGCCAUGCUGGGAGCAUCAAGGCACUGUUCCUCAAUGAGAAGAAAGGGUUCAUUUUGAGUGCUAGCUUUGAUCUCAGCAUCAGAUGCUGGAAUAUAUACACUGGGGUUUGUGUAAGAAUCUUUAAUGGUCAUACAGGGACUAUCACCUGCCUGGAUUUGUAUAAAAAUAAGUUUGUGUCUGGAUCAAAAGACUGUACAAUCAAAGUGUGGGAUUUAGACACAGGGCGAUGCAUCAAGACUCUGAAACACAAAGAUGCGAUUUGGACGGCCAAAAUCAACAGCACCCACAUAGUUAGUGGUUGUGAGAGAGGGUUGGUGAAAGUAUGGCAUGUCGAUACAUGCACAUUGGUCAAAACUUUAGAGGGGCACCAAGGCUCAAUUAAAUGCCUGUCUUUUGAUCAGUGGCAUCUCGUAACAGGAAGUGCUGAUGGAUAUGCCCUGGGAUGGAGCAUGGUGGGAAAACAUAAAAGUUGCCUAAUGGCUUUCAGACACCCCAAGGAUGUGCUGUACCUGGAGUUUCUUUACCUUAGAGUCAUCAGUAGCUGUGCAGAUGGAAAAAUCCGUAUAUUUAACUUCCUGACUGGUACAUGUCUGAAGGUGAUGAGGGCCAAUAGCAGAGGUGAACCUGGGGUGUCCUUCUACAUCAUAGAAAAUAGGAUGGUGAUCAAUGCUUUGAGCAAUAUUCUGCUGUUUAACUUUGAGGAGGCAGAGUGGGACUAUACAUUACCAGCUGACCGAGAAGCUGAAACUAAAGAUAAGAGAAAGCAUAAAGAAACCCCAGAUGAAACACAGCCUAAUCAACAUGCUCAUGUUCAGCGAAUGAGAAAGGAUGUAGCCACCCAGAGGAUAUAUCAUCUUUCUCCACAAAAACACGACAAAGACCAGAUACAAUUGUCUUACGUGAUUCGUCGCCAAUCGCCAAAGGGCUCAGAAACAUUUCAAACUCUUCAUCAUGAAUUAGUGAAUACAUGCACCCUUCAACAGAGUUCAAAGAAAAGUGUGGCAUCAUUUUAUAUCCAACCAGAACAGGAAAGAAAACUCUCUCGUACAGUUGGAGAAUUUACACAUGAAUCCCUGGUCCAUGCAACUUCACUCGCUGAAGCACAGGCUACUUUACAGAGUAUAAAGAAGAGAAGCCCACAUUGUGUCAUGUCUCCUGACCGGAUCCUCCUGACAGUCAGCACCUUGCAGGAUACUUAUAAGUCACACCAAAUCAGGUCCAAUAUGAGGUACAAAGCAAAAGUUAGGGAUGCCUGGGGAUCUCCACUGCAUCAGAAGGAAUGUGCUAAAAAGGUGCUGGCAUCCAAAAUCCCUAAGCAACAGAAACAAGUUCAGUCAAUCAAACUUAAACACACAAAAUCCGCCAGUGGUUCUCUGACUAUGAAGAGAGUUUCCACACCCUUUGAAACUAAAAAGCUACAACUCAAUUUGAGAAACUCUUUGCACAUGUCUAGUGUGCGCUCCUGCAUUCCUGCUCCCACAAUUGUACGCUCCAAGUCAUGCUGCAACUUGUCAGAAGAGAAAGCGCACACUGGCUCUGAUAAAGACACUUCUCUACCUGAGGGUGAGGCUCUGGUGACUGGCCACUUAACUAGUGCAUCUGAAUCAAUUAAAUCGAUGCGCAUGAUGAUUGCACAAGCUAAACCCAAAGUAGGUUCUGUUGGAGCAAAGCCUGUUUUCACACGAUUUGAAAACCCUUACCGGAUUAACAGUGGAUUCAGGCUUUUGACAGCGAAGCAGAUGAAAGCAUAUGAGGAAGCUACAGUGGCUGAGUAUAAGGCAAAUCAGACAAAAGUUAUAGCAGACCAACAAAAAGAACGUAAGAAAGCCUGGGUAAAGAAAAUCAAAGGCCUCCCCAUAGACUAUUUCACCAAGGAAGGAAAAAUAGCUGCACCUGAACUUGGGCCUAAUGUGUAUGUCUGAACUAAGAUCCUUAAAGAACCCUGCUUGACCAUUUAGAACAAUAAAUACAAAUAAAUCAUUGGAAUUUGGGGAAUCUUGGGUUUCUCAAAUCCUUUGAUUCAAUUACAGUCUCCAUUUGAGGAUAUUCUUCUUGUGACCUUCAGUGUCUGGAGAUUAUAUAAGGAAAAAUUCUACAUGAUUCUUUAGGAAAUAUUAUUGACAUAAUUAAGUAUUCCCCACAAUGGCCAAAAGCAUAUUAUUUCACUAGGAUUUAUUAUUUUGCUGAGACUAUUGUUACUGCAAACACUAGCAUAGUAUUGCUGUUUGAGUCUCUAUAGCUGUAGAAUGGUUUAAUUGCAUUUAAAUUAAUAAAAACAUUUCUAUUAA